AUUAAAUGAGUGGAAAUAAGAAGAUGGAUGCAUUGAUAAGCAUAAAAGCAGAAAUCUAAGCAUAAAAAGAAGGAUAAGAAAAAAUAUAAAAAUUAUGUUUUGAAAAUAUCAAUAUAGGAUAAUUUACAAAUGAAACAUUAAAAUUAUUGUCAAAAUAUAAUGAUUUAAGUAAAAAUGAUGAAUAAAGAAAGUAUGUUUGGAAUUCAAUGAUUGCAAAUUGUCAUCUUUGGAUAAUUUGGUAGGAUUCCCAAAUCUAACAAAAUUACGAUUAUGCAAUAAUUAUUUGGAUAAGAAUAGUCUCCAACAUAUUAUUAAGCAUUUUCCAAAAGUGACAUACUUAGAUAUAAGAGGAAAUAAAAAAAUAAGCUAAGAUGUAUUUUAUUAUUUGAAUAAAAAAAAGGAUCUUAAAGUUUUGAUUGAACUAAAAGAAUUAUAACAUUUAGUGUUUAAUGAUAAAGAUACUGAUAGAGCAUAAUUGUUUGAAUUGAUACCAUAAUUAAAUUAUAUUGAUCAUAAGGACAAGGCUGGAAAUGAGAUAGAAGAUGAAGAAAAUGAAGAUGAAGAAGAAGAAGAUGAGGAUGAAGAAGAUGAAGAUGAAGAAGAUGAUGAAGAAGAAGAUGAUGAAGAAGAAGAAGAUGAGGAUGGAGAAAGUGCUGAAGAAGCAGAGGAAUCUGAAGAUGAAUAGCCAGUUUAAAAAAAGAAGAAAUUAUGAUGAGAA